UUCGCGGCUUCGCUUUAGCUAAGUUGCUAAACAUUUUCUGAGGGGACGCUAACGUUCCUGGAUCAGCUAGCGAGCCUCUAACGUCGACUUUUACCUGAAAUAUUUUAUACAUUGUGUUGUUUUUAACGCUACGGUUUACAUCGUUAAACUCUUAGACGAACGGACGUGUUUUUUUAAAAAGUGAUGAUUCUUUAAAAAAUUAAUGAAUUAAAGAAGAAAACGAAGAAAGAAUGAAAAGAAUUUUAAACUGAAUUGAUUUAGAAAGGAGCGCGCGAGCGACCGGGAGGUUUUUUUAUUCAGUUAGCUAGCAGGCUAGUUGAGAAACCAGCCUAGCUAGUUAGCUAGUGUUUUUUAUUUUUAUUAUUUUACUUUAAUACGUUAUCGGGUUGAUUUGCUGACAGGGUGAAGUUUUUAUUUUCAUCUGGAUGGCGCCGCAGAAAUACACGGGCCAGGUGGUGAGCGCUGCUGCGGGCGGCAGGGCGAGUGGAGCGGUGUGUGUGUCCGCCGUGAACGCGGUGAAAAAGCCCAAAAUGGAGCAGAUCCAGGCCGACCAUGAGCUGUUCCUUCAGGCCUUCGAGAAGCCUACACAAAUAUACAGAUUUCUGCGCACAAGGAACCUAAUCGCUCCAAUUUUGCUACACAGAUGUCUCACGUUCAUGUCUCACAGAAACUCUCGAACGAACGCCAACAGAAAAGCGUUUAAAGUGGACAACAUGUUGGCGAAGGUGGAGAAGAUGAAAGGAGAACAGGAGUCACACAAUGUAUCAUCGCACUUACAGCUGACCUUUACUGGAUUCUUCUAUAAAAAUGAUAAGCCAUGUCAAAACUCAGAAAAUGAGCAAAACUCUGUUUCUCUUGAGGUGCUACUUGUCAAAGUCUGCCAUAAAAAAAGAAAGGAUGUCAGCUGCCCCAUAAAGCAAGUGCCUACAGGGAAGAAGCAGGUGCCUUUAAACCCAGACGUGAAGCAGACGAAGCCGACGUCGUUCCCCACGCUGCUUGUGUCCAGCACUGAGUUCGAGCCGAGUAACAGCCACAUGGUGAAGUCCUACUCACUGCUGUUCCGAGUGUUGCGGCCCGGAAAAACACACUCCAGCGCCUACAUCAACGGAGAGACGGAUGAGAACAUGGAUGUGAAGGAGGAUCUGUCCAGCAGGAAGAAAAGGGGCGUGUCUCACCGUGAUGACGAGGGAAACGCCAUGGAGACGUUUGUCGCACAGAUGACCGUGUUCGAUAAGAACAGGCGACUGCAGCUGCUGGACGGUGAGUAUGAAGUGUCGAUGCAGCAGAUAGAAGACUGUCCUGUCAGUAAGAAAAGAGCCACAUGGGAAACCAUCCUGGACGGAAAGAGGUUGCCUCCAUUUGAAACAUUCUCUCAGGGACCAACUCUACAGUUCACACUACGCUGGACAGGUGACCCCAACGACCCUUCCACAGCUCCUGUAGCUAAACCGCUCUCAACGCGUAACUCUGACGCCAGUGGCCCCGACAUUCGCACCCCCACCCUCAGAUCUGCCCCAGCAGUAGUGAAAGACUCGGUGAACAGCAGCAGUAGUACCGGCGGAGGUGGAGGUGGUGCAGGAGGUGGUGUUCAGACGAGGAGGGAGCAGACUGUCUCUGAACCCAGACAGAAACUCCGCAUUUUCUAUCAGUUUCUGUAUAACAAUAACACACGACAACAGACAGAGGCCCGUGAUGACCUGCACUGUCCGUGGUGCACACUGAACUGCCAGAAACUGUACAGCCUCCUCAAACACCUCAAACUUUCUCACAGCCGCUUCAUCUUCAACUACGUGCCGCAUUCCAAAGGGGCGAGAAUAGACGUGUCCAUAAACGAAUGUUACGACGGCUCGUACGUGGGAAAUCCUCAGGACAUCCACAGCCAGCCGGGAUUCGCCUUCAGUCGCAACGGCCCCGUCAAGAGGACCGCCGUCACGCACAUCCUCGUCUGCAGGCCCAAGCGUACGAAGCCGAGCCUGUCGGAAUUCCUGGAGUCGGAGGACGGGGAGCCGGAGCAGCAGAGGACGUACGUGAGCGGACAUAACCGUCUGUACUUCCACAGUGACAGCUGCAUGCCGCUGCGUCCUCAGGAGAUGGACGUGGACAGCGAAGACGAGAGAGACCCUGAAUGGCUGAGAGAGAAAACCUCCACACAAAUCGAGGAAUUCACAGACGUCAACGAGGGAGAAAAGGAGGUGAUGAAGCUGUGGAACCUCCAUGUCAUGAAACACGGGUUUAUAGCAGAUAACCAGAUGAACCAGGCCAUCAUGCUGUUUGUGGAGAACUGUGGUCCUCACAUCGCACACAGGAACCUGUGGCGCAACUUCCUGCUUCACCUAGUGAGCAUGCACGACUUCAACUUGGUCACCACGGCGACCAUCGACCGGGCCAUGACGCGGCUACGGGAGAUCCAGGCCGAGCUGCCCAAGCAGGAGGAAAGCGCCUGUAACGGCCACGCCGUCUCCUCAGGGUUCUCCCUGCACGGCAAACGCACCAAGAGCGCCGUCACUGACUGAACGCAGAACGCCUCUGAAUCUCCAAAAGUCAACUCCGCUUUGGUUCAGUGCCAAAUUAUCACAACCUGGAGCGCCAUAUUCUAGAGCUAGACCUUCAGUCAUUGGAGUCACACACAACUUGCUAUUAGGAUCACAACUUUCGCUAAAGACGUUUUAUUUUUUGUUUAUUUUUAAUUAUUUUAAUUUUAGAAAGCGCUGAAAGUGCUGGUUUUUUAGAACAAAACGAAGCUGCCGGUUAAAAUUUGCUGCUACGUUCCCAAAAUUAGCACAGCACAAAGAAUUGAGAAAUUACUUCUUUUUUAAAAUUUUUUUUUUUUUUUUUUUUUUUUUUACAAAAACUGUUUAUUUUCCCAUAAAUUUUCUAGAUUUAAAACACUUAGAAAUAAAUGUUUUAGAGCUGAAGCUAAAAUUCUAGGCCGAGACUAGCGGCUGACGUUCUGAAAAAUAUUCAUUAGUUUUCGGUGCUGCUCGAGAAAGCUUUUUUUUUUUUUUUUUCCAGGUUUUGUAGAAGUCACUAAACAGAAAAAGCUAAAGUUAGACGAUUUACAGCUCUAACCGAUGCUAUUAAAAACACUCGACCGUUCUGAGCCAGAGCCGAGUUGAUUUUAGAGAACAAAAGGACGUUUUCGACUCGAACGCUGGUUUUAAAAACUGAAGCAGCUUUUUGAUGGAUUUGUUUUUUUUUUUCACACAACACUGAGACUCUGUUUGUUGUUUGUUUUAUAUUUUUUAGUUUGUUUUCUCUGUGCAUUUGGCUCCAGAUUCUUUCCUAUCUAUAUCAUUAACUCUAGAUAGGACAAACUGCCAGCUCUGAUUAUUUUUAUGUUUUGUUUUUUUUUUACAGUCCAUUAGCACUUCACUUGUUUAGUGAUUUUUAUUCUCUCGUGUACGGCCAUGAAGCAUGAGCUGAUGCCCAAAAAAUCAGGGUUUUGUUUUUGGGUUUUUUUUUUAAUGAUGACUUUUCUGAGUGUGGCACUUUUGCCUCUUCCUUUUCAGCAUUAUUAAUUAAUUGCUUAAUUAAUCAGCAAUAUUAUCUGAGCUCUGCUUGUAUUUUUGCCAGAUAACGUUGCACGAGGAACAAAAUCGGACAGCUGUUAGGAAUAAACACAUGGAUGGAUGGAUGAAAAGAGGGACAGAGCAUCACAACAAACCUUCUGAUGAUUUUUUUUUUCUACAGACAGCCGAACAGGAGGCCAGCUGGAUAGUUGGAUCCGAUCAGGAGGUUAAACUAGAAUCCAGUAAAUAAAUGUGUUGUACUUUAUAAAAUGCCAAAGCACUCAUUUUUUUCCCCUUCUCUCAGUUACACAGUGUAUAUUUCAAAUUGUAAAAGAAAAAUCGCCUAGGUUUCCCUGUAACGUGGAAAUAUGACAAAUUAAAAAUAUUUUAAAAUGAGA